AAGCAUUGAGUGUUAUACCCCUGGAGUACAGUAGUCUCAGUCUCAUAUAAUACCUUGAGUUGCUUCAGACAGUGUUGGCAUUUUAUUGUUGUUUUGUAGCAACCACAUUUUUUUUUUCCGAAAUUAAAAAAAUUCGAGUUAUCAAAUGGAUUUUAUUCCUCGUUCGAUUUUUUUGGCGCCUAAAACAAAGAUAGACCAAGAAAAGGAUACACCCCCUUCCUUGGAUCGCAAAGAAUUCUGGAAUCGGACUUAUCCACGUAUUCCGGUAUUGGUUGAUGAAAUUAAAAAAACAGAUGAUUUAAUGCAGAAGAUAAAAACCAGAAACGCUGAGUUGUCCGCCGAAUUAAGAAUUUUAAGAACAAAAAAGUCAAAAAUAUUAUUAAGAAAAUUGGAGAUCAUAAAAUAUAGGGAUCGUUGGUUUGAACGGAUAAGUAUUGAUCCCCAGGUCCAGCGUAUGAUGACUUCAGUAUAUACUGAUUGCUAAAAAAUUGUUUACGUUGAAAAACAACGAUGAAGAUAUGAAGAAGUCGCUAGAAUAUUAUUGUUCACCCGAUAGAAAAUCACUUUGUAGUUUACUGUAUGAUUGAUUUGUACUUUUUAUAUGUGAUGGUAACUAAAAAUUGGUCAAUGUAUUUAUUUUUAGGAUGAAUAAAAAAUAAAUGUUAAAUUA